UCGCGCCCAAUUCUAAAAUUUGACGAACUAUUUUCUCCUCCUUCUCUAUCUGUCUCUCUUCUGAAAAGAAGUUGCAGAGUGAAAGAUGGAAAAGACGGAGAAGAGCGAGUCUUCCAGCGAUGUUCCAGUUUCAAAACCAUGGCACUCUUAUCACACUGUUUAUACUAAUGCCAAAGCUGGUAUGGAUGGAGUUGACAAGGAAAAAGUACAGAGAAUAGUAUAUGAAAUGAGCAAAGGUUCAAAGUAUUUUGAAAACGAGGAACGCAAGGAGGCCCUUAUGAGGCAGAGGACUGAGAACAUGCGCGAUAGGUGUGGGAAGCUAUCAACGGCUGAUAUAUCUCAUUACCAGAAGGUUGCUGAAAGAAGAAUCAUAGAGUUAGAAGCCAGACGCGACUUGUCAAGAAUUUGGCUUCAUGUAGAUAUGGAUGCCUUUUAUGCUGCUGCUGAGACACUAAGCAAUCCUUCAUUGGAGGGAAAGCCAAUGGCUGUUGGCGGCAUGUCUAUGAUAUGUACUGCUAAUUAUGAGGCACGGAAAUAUGGAGUUCGCGCCGCAAUGCCGGGCUUUAUUGCACGUAAAUUAUGCCCAGAGCUGAUCUUUGUUCCAGUAGAUUUUGAGAAGUAUACUUACUAUAGUACCUUAACUAGAAAUGUAUUUCGGAGAUACGACCUUAACUUCAUUUCCGCCAGUUUAGAUGAAGCAUACCUUGAUAUAACUGAGGUCUGCAGAGAAAGAGACGUGAGAAGUGAUGAUGUUGCUGGUGAGAUCAGAAGAGGUGUUUUUGAAGAAACUGGUUUGACAUGUAGUGCUGGUGUGGCUCCUAAUCGAUUACUGGCUAAGGUUUGCUCAGAUAUAAACAAGCCAAAUGGACAAUUUAUUUUGCCAAAUGAUCGAUUGGCUGUGAUGACAUUCAUAUCCUCCCUCCCGAUAAGAAAGAUUGGAGGCAUUGGCAAGGUUACCGAGCAUAUCCUAAGGAAUGCUUUUGAAAUAAAUACAUGCAAGGAUUUGCUUGAGAAAGGCAGUUUUCUCUGUGCCUUGUUUUCUCCUUCAUCUGCAGAAUUUUUCCUUUCUGUUGGAUUGGGACUAGGGAGCACAGAUACUCCAGAAGCCAGGCUGCGGAAGAGCAUGAGUAAUGAGAGAACAUUUUCUGCCACCGAGGAUGAAGCUUUUUUGUAUCAGAAGUUAGCUGAACUUGCUGAGACGCUUUCAACUGAUUUACAAAAGGAUGGACUUCGUGGGCGAACUCUGACACUUAAAUUGAAAACGGCGUGUUUUGAGGUUCGAACUAGAGCCGUGACUUUGCAGAAGUUUAUAUGUUCAAGUGAGGAUAUACUGUCACAUGCUAAGAAACUGCUGAAAGCGGAACUUCCUGCAUCACUGAGACUUAUAGGCCUUCGAGUUUCUCAGUUUAGUGAAGAUAAAGUUGGCUCGUCUGAUCCUAUGCAGAAAUCCAUUACGAACUUUGUCAUAGUAGGAGAUGCAUCUGAACCUACUAUCCAUAACCGUGAUAGUUCAAAGCUAAAGGCAAAGGAAAAUUGUUUUCCGAAUGAGAAUGGAGAUGUUUUAGCUGCUUGUGACCACAGAUCUACUUUCGUGCAUGAAGAUGUCUUCAACAGCGACCAAUUCUCAGAUUUCUGUCAUAACAACUGCAGUUUGAACGAAAAUACUUCUGAUGUAGAACAAAACAAUAUGCCUCUCAAUAAUAUUCAAGCAGAAGAAAGUGCUCGGGUUGAGCAUACCUCUAAAGAACACAAACCUGUUGCCACGCUAUCUUUGGAGACAGAAUAUUGUCGCAGUAACAAAAACCCUGAUGAAGUGACAGCAUGUACCAAUGCUAGAGUUGAUACCGAUGCCUGUUCCUCUAGUCGGCAAGAUCAGUUUUUGUGGGUGGAUGGUUACAAGUGUUCUAUAUGUGGAAUAGAGAUGCCUCUUGAAUUUGUUGAUGAAAGACAAGAACAUUUUGAUUUUCAUCUUGCUGAAAGAUUGCAGGAAGAGUGCUCUGGUAGCAGCUCAAUGAAUAAUCACUGCUCGAAGCAGAGGUAUAUUAAAAAAGACCAGAUUGUGAGCCAAAGUAGAAAGAAAAGGCGCAAGUCAUUACCAGAACAAGGCAAAUAUCUUCCUAUUGAUCUGUUUUUCACAAAGAGGAAUCAAAAUACUUAACAUUCUGUGAUCGAUCUGUAAAAUAAAUAUGUGUAUGUAAUUAUGUAAUCAGAAUACUUGACAUUCUGUAAUCUGUCUUUUUUUGUUUAUAGUCUGUGUAUGUAUGUAAUUAUGUAGGUACAAGGAAUGGAAAGAAAAAAAAAAGUUUGUUAUAGUUGGCUUUGGAACUUUCUCAUGUAAAUUUGAAUGGUGAAUGUGCAAGUACUUAUAAAUUUUAACAGUGAUAAGGAUUAAGGGUGUGA